CAAUUUCUGACGUUUCGAUUCGAGACUGAAAAUGCUAUCGACUUUAACAUCUAUUAGAUAGUAAAUGUCCAACGUGAAAAAAGUAUCAAACCAAAUUAUGGUUGUAAGUGAACAAUCUUGCGGAAGGCCUUGCACUUACUGUUUGCACGCGCUCAAAUGGCUACCAGUUUUGUUCUCUUUGAGUUUAUCGAGUUGGAGCUACUACGCCUACGUGUGGCAGUUUUGUAGGUUAAUCAUCCAGAAUGAAUUCAACAAAUACAUUUACCUAACCGUAUUCCACGUUCUCUUGAUCAUGAUGGAAACUUGCUACUUACGCACCAUAUUUACGAGACCCAAGAUGGUUCCCGAAGAAUUUUUGAUACCCGAGAACACCCUCGAAGCCUACAGAAACAACCCAGAUAACCGCGAGGUCCAGGCCGCUUUGACCUCCCUCGGUAGUCGCCUUCCCAUCAAAACGGUCACUUUUCUGGGAGGAUUGCGCAUUUGCGACCAUUGCAAGCUAAUCAAACCGGAUCGCGCCCACCAUUGCAAAGUGUGCAACCGGUGCGUCCUGAGAAUGGACCACCAUUGCCCGUGGAUAAACAACUGCAUCUCGUUCACCAACUACAAGUAUUUCGUGUUGUACCUAACCUACGCCUUUACGUACUGCUUGUUCAUUAUGUCCACCACGUUCCCCUACUUCAUGGUCGCCUGGGGCGAGAAAUUCCAAGACCAGACCUGCAGGUACCACGUGCUGUUCCUCUUCCUGCUAUCUUCGAUAUUCGGCUUCGGGUACUUCACGUUGUUGCUGUACCAUUGUUGCUUGGUAUUGCACAAUCGGACCACCUUCGAGUCGUUCCAUCCGCCCGUGUUCAGAGAUGGGGGAAUCGACAAACACGGGUUCUACUUGGGCGCGUGCGCCAACUUCAAGCAGGUGUUCGGCGUGAGUUGCUGGAGGUGGCUGCUGCCGAUUCCGACGAGCUUAGGCGACGGUUUGGACUAUCCCGUUCGGUCGCAAGACGCCUCGAAGGAGUCGGGGUCGAGGUGAUGUUUCAACGUUUUGUACGAGC